AUGCCACCCCGCCCUUUCGUGAACGACGGCCUGUGGCGAUGCCUGUGUCCGGGGUUUCCGUCGAAUGCUGGAACGACACCGUUUGCUGGAAGAGGAGGAGCUAGCCUGCUACAGCGCAAUGCAUCGCGAAAAGAUGCCAUAGCCCACUGCGGCCGCCAACUGCGUACCUACAAUCGCUCCAGCGCACCCUCGGCAGCGAACGACACUUUCUUCUCGCAGCCCGGGGCUGCCCUGAACGGCUUCCGGUCUUUUGCAGAAAAGCCUCGCGCCUUCCCUUCGCACACUUCACGCGAUAGACCUCCGCUCGCCCAGCUCCCGACCUACAUCCUAUACGAACAUGUGCGGGCCGAGGGCGCCAAGGGCAACUUCGACGAAGUCAUGAACAUCUGCAGGGUGUUGAUCAAAGACAGAGGCGAGCUGCCGAACAGGGAGAUGUACACGGCCGUGUUACACAGCUUCGUCGACUCUGUCAAUGGCACGGCGGGGAAAGUCCGCAAAGUACUGGAAGAGAUGGGCUUCUGGGACGAGACCGAUGGAUCUCUGACUGGGAAGCCAAGAAUCUUGCUGGAUGCGCGGGGCUGUGAAUGCGUGCUUGAGGUGCUCGCAGUGCACCCGGAUUACCUCCUCCGCACCGACAUCCUCGAAUACAUGAAGUCGCGAUGGUUCAUGCCAUCGGACCGUGCGCGCAACUUCAUCAUAGCCGGGAUGCUACGCGAGCGACAUUUCGAACACGCACUCGAGUUGAUGGAGGAGAUGGUCAGGAACAAAGCACGCGUGGAGAGCUGGCUGUUUGACAAGGCUAUAUGGAUGCUGCUGGAGUUUGGCGAAGUCGAGGAAGCAUUCUACGUGCUCAGUCUCAAGGAGGGCGUGCAGAGCAAGAGUAGCGGAACAGGUACAGUCCAGCUCAGUAUCGCUCUCUGGGGAGCGUUGCUAGAUGCCGCGGCGCACAAGCAGCUUUACGCUGAAACGAGCCUUGUAUGGAUUGCGCAAGUUCAGCCCGGCUACCUGAAGCCUGGCACCGGCGCCUGCCUGCACGUACUCACUCUCGCCUCACGACACGGAGACAUCCAGCUCGCUACCGAUGUCUUUCGCGUCCUGACCGAACGAGGUACAACGUUCACCACGCAACACUAUGAACUGCUCAUAUCCACAUACCUCAAGGCCAACGACCUCCACGCAGCUCUGUCUAUCAUCCUCAUCAUGGUGGAUUCGAACUUGAAGGUCAACGCUGGGACCUGUGAUCCUCUCUACUGGUAUCUGUCCGCCAAAAAUCACAACGAUGACAGCAGACCCAUGCAAGCCUUCAGAUAUCUGCAAGACUUUGAGACCUCUGGCCGCAAAGUUCCCACCGCUGCCGUCAACGCAUGCAUCAAAGCCAGCAUCGCAAACAAGCGCCUGGAAGAAGGCAUUGAGAUUUACAAAGCCCUGCAUACGGUAUCUCAUGCUGGCCCGAGCACAGAAACGUUUAAUAUCCUGUUCCAAGGCUGCCAUAGAUCCGCCCGCAAGGAGCUUGCCAUGUUCUUUGCGAACGAGAUGGUCAAGCUGGGUCUCAAACCUGACCGCAUUACGUAUGAUCGUCUGAUCCUGGUGUGCCUAGAAUCGGGUGACCUAGAAGAUGCUCUGCUCUACUAUGAGGAGAUGCGGUCAACGGGCGCGACAACUGGCAAAAAGGGCCCCUUGAAGCCUAGAAGGAAGACGUGGGAGACGUUGAUCCACAGGUGUGUCUUGAAGGGCGACGAGAGGGCUGUUGCGCUGUUGAAGGAUUACAAAGCUAGUGUGGAGGAACCGCGAAUCGCAGUGGAGCGAGCUGUCAUCGAUCGCUUCGAGUAUGGCAUCAUACCGACCAAUCUGGCGGAGAUCGGACGAGCGACAUCCGAGCAGACAGCCGAAGCUGUCAAAGACCGACAUGGCAGGUCGGACGCUGGUCAAACCCCAGACGCUGACUCGGAACUAUCGGAGGGACGAAGUGGGGCAGAGCCUGAAGGAACGAGCUCGAGUGCGAACACCGAGACGGGGACACAGAGAGCCGAAUCCGUUGAUGGGCUUUCACAGCUUAUGAGAGUUAGCAAGAGCACCAAGCAGUACUAG